UCUAGAGCUGCCUCUUCAGACACUCAGGGGGAGCCUGGCAGCCUGCUGGGGACCCUGCUGAGAGCUCUGGGUCCUGCCCAUCCAGCAUCCCCCAGCUGGGCUGGCUCCUGCUGUGCCCAUGGCUGGUCCCUGCCUGGUGCUGGACAUGGAGGUGACCCAGAAACCGUCCCGGCCGCACUGGUACGAGCGCCACGUGCAGCCCUGCCUGGCAGAGCUGCUGGGCACUGCCCUCUUCACCUUCAUGGGCUGCCUGGCUGUGCUGCAGGACUCAGAGGGCACGGGGAGGCUGCAGCCUGCCCUGGCACACGGGCUGGCCCUGGGCGUCACCGUGGCCGUCCUGGGGGACAUCAGCGGAGGCCACUUCAACCCCGCCGUGUCCCUGGGCGUGUGCCUGGUCAGGGGGCUCCACGUGGCCAUGCUCAUCCCUUACUGGCUCUCCCAGCUCUGUGGAGGGAUGAUCGGAGCUGGCCUGGCAAAGGCUGUGGCACCGAGUGAGAGCUUCAGGAACGCCAGCGGGGGAGCCCUCGGUGCCAUCACGGCUGACGAGCAGGUCCCUGCUGCCCUGGUGGCUGAGAUUGUGCUGAGCUCCUUCCUGCUGCUGGUGGUCUGCAUGGGAACCAUCAAUGGCAGGACCAGGACCCCGCUGGCCCCGCUGUGCGUCGGCCUCGCCGUCACCGUGGGCGUCCUGGCGGGGGGUGGUGUGUCUGGAGCCUGCAUGAACCCAGCCCGAGCCUUUGGGCCAGCUGUCGUGGCAAACUACUGGGACUACCACUGGGUGUACUGGGCAGGGCCCACGGUGGCUGCCCUGCUGGUCGGGGCGCUGCUCAGGCUCCUGAUGGGUGACCAGGCCACCCGCCUGUUCCUGAAGUGACAGUGGGCACAGAGCCCCGUCCGUGGGCAGCACAGCCCGUGUGGCACCUCCUGCCCCUGCCCUGCCCCUUCAUCCUGGACCCCUCAGCAUCUCCCUGGCACCCGUGGGCCAGCCCUGGUUCCUCUGCUGCUGGAGGGAGGAGGAUGGAAACUGGAACCUCCCAGCCAAGCCACGGUGCCAGGGCUCUGCCAGCCCCUGCCAUGGCACCGGCUCACCAGGAGCAUCCUCUGCCGGUGUCUGUGCUGCCCCAGGCUCCUCUGGCACUGCCACGCACAGGAUCUGACCCCAGAGCUGUGCCUGGGCACCCACAGAGCCAGGGAGCCCCUCUGGGUGGGCACAUUGCCCCCCACUCCAGCUGGCCAAGCAGCUCCUGCCCCACGGUGCUGCCUCAGGGGGUGACAGGAGACGGGAGCUUUGGGGACAGUCCUGUCUGUGGUCCCUCCAGGCAUCAGGAGGACAAGGGGGUGAGGCACUCACCCAGUGCCAGGGUGGGCCACCCCUGCCCUGCCAGAGGAGGAGUGCUGGGGGCUGCCAGAGGCAGGAGAGUCAGCGGAAGGGGAGGAUGGAGCUGUGUGGGCAGGGGGAGAGGAGCCAGCACAGCAGCUGUGCGUCAGCUGGGCAUCCAUCCCCUCCUGCAGCGCUGCCCUGACUCAUCCUGCGGCCUCCAGCCGCCCCUGGGGGGGUUCACGGGCUGCGAGCCCCGCCCGGGGGCUGCGCUGGCACACGGCAGUCACUGCCAGCGCCAGACAGAAACCCCUCUGCUCCCGGGGUUAAGUCACUCCGAAUUUUGUGAAAUUUUAACUUGGGAAAUGCCUGUUGCUGCCCUAGCCCUCCUCAGCGUGGCUCGGAGGUGAAUUGGGGCAGGGGCUGGGCUGGGAGAGCUGUGCCCCAAAACUGGGCUGCCCACCCCGCCGAGCUCCAG